AUGGUGCAUACAGAUACGGCCAGAACAAUCAUCGGGGUCAUAGGAAAUGUCAUCUCAUUUGGUCUAUUUACCUCUCCAAUCCCCACAUUCGUUGCGAUAGUGAAGCGCAAAAGCGUGGAAGAUUUCAAGCCCGAUCCUUACCUAGCCACCGUCCUCAAUUGCGCUAUGUGGGUAUUGUAUGGAAUGCCCUUCGUUCAUCCCGAUAGCAUCCUCGUCGUUACGAUCAACGGGAUCGGGUUUUUCAUCGAGAUUUCUUACAUUUCGAUCUUCUUUAUCUACUCUCCAUGGGUCAAGAGAAGGAAGAUUUUGGUGGUUCUUUUGAUUGAAACUAUCUUCUUCUCUAUUAUCCUUCUCAUUACCCUCUUUGUUUUCCAUAACACCACGAGUAGAUCUUACUUCAUUGGUGUAAUUUGUAUUAUCUUCAACAUCGCUAUGUAUACGUCUCCGUUGACCGUCAUGCGAAUGGUUAUCAAAACAAAGAGUGUUAAGUAUAUGCCGUUCACUCUCUCGCUUGCCAACUUUUGUAACGGUGUCGUUUGGGCCAUUUACGCCCUUCUCAAAUUCGAUCCCAACGUGUUGGUAAGUAAUUNUUUGGGAGCUCUUUCUGGGUUGAUACAGUUGAUUCUGUAUGCAACUUAUUACAGAACGACAAACUGGGACGAUGAUAACAGGUCGUCUACAAGGCAAGAAGUGCAAAUGAGCGACGUGUAG